GUCGUCAACCAUAGUCGUGUCUCACAAUUGCAGCCUCGUUGCGCAUUAAAUAUCUGAUACGAGACCUGAUUCAACGAGUACCGUCGACGCCGCACAGACAGUACCCCCUACGACCGACGCGCCAGCACCCUUCAAUAAGCCCACCGCCGAUCUCAUCCUCCGUUCGUCGGAUGGUAUGAACUUCCGCGUGCGGAAGGCCUUUCUCGCGGAGGCAUCUCCCGUGUUCGAGGACAUGUUCACGCUCCCUGCGCCGCAGGACCCAGCCGGCAGUCUCCCCGUGGUCCCAAUGACGGAAGACAGUCGCACCCUGGAGGGUUUGUUGCGUCUGUGUUACCCGGCUAGUGAAAUGCCAUUGCGGACGCUGGACCAGGCCGUCACCCUGCUAGACGCAGCGAAGAAGUAUGCCAUGGAUGGCGCGCUGAACUUUCUAGGCGAAAGGCUCGUGUCCUUCGCCGAAAGGUCGCCCAUACAGGUCUAUGCCAUUUCAGUCCGCCACCAGCUGCCGGACAAGGUUAUCAAGGCAGCCCUCAAUGCAUGCCUCAAUAUAAUUGCCCCCACGGCCAAGUUAAAGCGAGUGGCGGACUUCCAGCAUAUCAGCGCUUCCGCCUACCUGUCCUUCCUCGACUACCGCAACCGGUGCGCUGUGGCCAUUGAUUGCAGCGCCUUCGAAGAUAGCACCUGGAUCGAUUCGGAUAGAUGGUGCUUCUUGACUUGCACCAAUGACCUGUGUCAAGUCUACGUCGCUCACGUCUCCGCAUGGUGGUUCCAAUUAUAUAUGGGUUCUUGCCGAAACGGAUUACGGGGUAGGUUUUGUGGGAAAGCCCUAGAGCUCAUCUUCUCCAACUACGCCGCGACAGCCUUGACUGAAGCGGCGAAGUGCAGCCACUGCGGCCCGCGGUCGGUAGCCGACUUGGAAGAAUUCAUGGUCACCCUAGUGGCUAAGAUAAUAGACGACGUGGUCGCACAGGUCGAGACAGACAUAGUCUGGUAGCAAUCUCUGGCUGAACAGAUGACAUGAAGUUGUCUGGCAAGGUGGCUGGGGAUGUCAAUUUCCGCCAUGGUCUUACGAGUGAGCCAUGGGUACCACGAACUGUACGUGUAUAUCUUCAUAGAAUGGUUAAUGCAGCAUGUCCACAGUAGCGCC